CUCUGUCCUAUAGGGUUGCUAUGAGUCAGAAUCGACUUAUGACAGUGAAUUUGUUUUAAUUUUUGUUUUUGUAUUUACAACGGGGAAACUGUGAGGAGUCUUAGUGCCAUUUUUAUUAUUAAAAGAAACACACCUAAAUUAGCACAAUGUUGAUCCACUGCUCUCAGUAGAUAAUCUACUUUGCAAAACCACAACAAUUUAUCUGGUGCUGAACAUUUUUUAAUAUACCUUAAAUAGAUCUUCAUACAGGAGCUCUAGUGGCACAGUGGGUUAUACAUUGGGCUGCUAACUGCAAGGUCAGCAAUUCAAAAGUACCAGCUGAAUGAAUCCUUGGAGAGCUUCCUACUCCCGUAAGUGUUACAGGGACCAUUAGUUCUACGUUAUAAUUGACUUGAUGGCUGUAGUUUGGUUUUUUUUAACUCUCCAUAAAACACCACCCAGAAGUCACUUGUGUUUGCUUCCAUUUCAGGACAGGAUUCCAUGGCUCUGCAAAUUGCAUGACAUACUGCUAAGAGAUAUUGCCUCAGGACAGCAUGUGGUGCUAGCUUGUUCAGCUUUGAAGAAAAUGUACAGAGACAUCUUGAUACGAGGCCAAGAUGGAGCCCCUCAGAAAUGUGGUGAGCCAUACCAGGUGAAGCUCUUCGUGGUCCAUCUGAGCGGGACAUUUGAGGUCAUCUCUGGUCGCUUACACAAAAGAAAAGGGCAUUUUAUGCCCCCUGAGCUACUGCAGUCUCAGCUUAAUACUUUGGAGCCCCCAUCAGCUCCAGAAAACUUCAUCCAAAUCAGUGUGGACAGAACGCUUUCUGAAAUCACUGCUACCAUUCAGGAGAUGCUAAAAGUGCAGUGAGGACCAUUUCCUGUCAGUGGUCCGGGGCAGAAUUAGGCUUAAAUUGCUAACCCAUCCCAAACCUUGUUCAAAUCCCAGCCGAGUUAAGGUGUGCUCAUUGGAUACAUUUGAAGGUCUUUGAGAUACCCUUGACAUCAUGCCGAAGCGAGCUUUGAAAGGAAAGCUUAAUCAGGAAAGUCUGAAUCAGAGGAAAUUCUGUAACCAAUGCUAGGAAUCACACCCUUGUUUAGUACAUGCCUCUAUUUGUACAAAGAAAUGAGAUUGUACCAUCCUAGGUAUCCCCGAAAACUGGCCUUGGGCGCAGAAGACCACAUAUGUAUGAUACCUAGCCCUCACCAACAAGUGACUGUACACCACUUACCUUUGUACAGGCAUAAUGCACUUUAUUGUACUUUUUGGGGUGUUCAUAAAGCAGUUUGUGGCAGCCCUGCAUGGGGCAAGUCCCCACGGGCACCAUUUCCCCAACAGUAUGGGUGCACUUCAUGUCUCUGGGCCACAUUUUGAUCAUUCUCAUAAUUUUUCAAUCUUGUUCAUGGUGCUAUCACACCCUCAAUAGACAGUAUAAACAGCUUUUAAAUGCACUGGGCAACAAAGUUCAUAUGACUCCCUUUGUGUGACGUUCAUAUGACUCCCUUUGUGUGAUUUGGCUUAGUGCAGUGGUCCUGAAACAAGCCCACGAUACUUCAAAGGUAUGCCUGUAGCCACUGUCCUUGAAAGUAGUUCACAGCAAAGACUCCAAAGACCUUUCUGGUAAUUAAAAAAAAAUUAUUCCUGAGAGAAUAAAAUUGAAAAUGUUUAUGA